AUGUGCUUUGGCAGACGCUCCUCCUCAGUCUACACCUCUUCCUCCUCGUCGAGCGACGAGUUCCAUGCUCGCCCCAUAGAGCUCGACACCAUCAGCCUUUCCGCCCGUGGCACCAGCCGUGCCACUGCUAGCAUGCCUAGUCAAGCUCUGCGCACCGCCGAUCGCGAGACCAUCCGCGUGGUCGAGCCUGCUGGCGCUACCAAUGCCAGUCAGCAGCGUAUGUUCUGUCGUCUGCGCACUAGACGAGCUUUACUGACAAUUGCACUCAGCAAAGAAGUAAAUGUAACCUUCUUUCCAACAACUAACUCUCUCUCUCUCUCUCGUCAGCAAGAAUGUGUCUUCCUGUGUGCCGCCAUGGUUGCUUCAUUUCUGGUGUCUCCAUCAACAUCCUCCUGCUGGCCCUCACCAUCUGGUGCGCGGAGUCUGGCAAACCCUUCGCCAUAUGGGUCUCCCCUUUUGAUCGCUUUCUUGCUCGCGUUCGUUUUCGUUGUGACCAUCACUUUCGGCCAUCUGCGCUAUGAGCCUGCUCGCCGAGGCAGCACCUCCUACAUCGUUCCUCUCAACGACGAGGAGAUUGAGCUCUAUCACAUUGGCUCAUCACCACUGUCAACUGUCGACGAAGACCCCACCGAAGAGGAGAUGUACCGCCGUCAUCUUGCUGAGCGCCCUCUACCUCCUGAGCCUACUCGCCGCCGUCGUCGAUCUGGCCGUGGCUCCCCCUUUCCUACCUUGAUCUCUCCUUUGAGCGACCCUUUCAUCGAGCAAGACACUCGUGUUCCCGCUCCCGCUCAGGGUGGCAGAAACACCAUCCGUCUCGUCCCUGAGUCUUCUCGUAAGUCUGACCUCGUU